CGGGUAGGACCGUGCGGGCGGUGCCCCCCCCCCCCCAAUCUCCGGUCCCGACCCCCCGGGGCUGCCCCGGCUCCUCCCGGCUGCCCGCCCCCGGCUCUCUCCCAGCCCCCUCCGCCUCUCUCCUCCCCUCUCCUCUCCCUCCUCCCCCGGUAAAUCCGAAGUUUCCUGUUCAGCGCGGCUGAAGCUUUGCAAGAGCGGCUGCGGAGCUGCCUGCUCGCUCCUUGGGAUUACCGUCGGGAGAGGCUCCGCUCGGCUCGGGAAGGGCCCCCACCACCACCACCACUACCACUACUCCUCCUUCUCCAUCCUCCAUCCCCGCGGGCGAGCGCCGCACGCCCUCCCCUCGUUGGAUUUAGGGGGUGGUGUGCGAGGGGAGGGAGGGAAGGGUGGGGGGAAGAUCCGCCGCUUCCCGGCGCCCCGAUUGCUGCCUGGUCCCAUGUGAACUGGAAAGGCACGGCUAUGCUCGUGGGGACACCGCGCUCCGCCAAACUAAGGUCCCGGCCGCUACCAUGACUGAUGGCGAGAGCCCGGAGUCGCUGCCGCGCCCGGCCGGCGGCGAGGUGCGGGUGCCCAUCACCGUACCGCCGCGCCGCCCCGCCGAGCAGCCGCCGGAGGAUGCCGGCUCCGGCGGUUCUCCCGGCCGCGACCCGCCGCCCGACCUGGCCUCCGAGGAGGAGGAGCAGGUGCCUUACCCGGCGCUGGCACCCACCGCCUUCUUCUGCCUCAAGCAAACCACCCGCCCGCGCAGCUGGUGCCUCAGGCUGGUCUGUAAUCCCUGGUUUGAGCACGUCAGCAUGCUGGUCAUCCUCCUGAACUGCGUCACCCUGGGCAUGUUCCAGCCCUGCGAGGACGUGGAGUGCCAGUCGGAGCGGUGCACCAUCCUGGAGGCGUUCGACGACUUCAUUUUCGCUUUCUUUGCGGUGGAGAUGGUCAUCAAGAUGGUGGCUCUGGGGAUCUUCGGGCAGAAGUGUUACCUUGGAGAUACGUGGAAUCGGCUGGACUUCUUCAUCGUGAUGGCGGGCAUGAUGGAGUAUUCUCUGGAUGGCCACAACGUGAGCUUGUCUGCGAUCCGCACCGUCCGGGUUCUUCGGCCGCUACGAGCCAUUAACAGGGUGCCAAGUAUGCGAAUACUCGUCACCCUGCUGUUAGAUACUCUGCCUAUGUUAGGCAACGUCCUCCUCUUGUGCUUCUUUGUCUUCUUCAUCUUUGGGAUUGUCGGUGUGCAGCUCUGGGCAGGGCUGCUGAGGAACAGAUGUUUCCUAGACAGGAAUUUUGCCAUGACAUACAACCUUACCUUCCUGCAUCCGUACUACCGGACCGACGAAGCGGAGGAGAACCCAUUCAUCUGCUCAUCGCAUCGUGAAAACGGCAUGCAGAAAUGCUCCAACAUCCCAACCAGGAAGGAGUACAAGGUGGAGUGCACCUUGAGCAUGGACUCCUACACCCCAAGUUUAUACAACCCUGACUUCAGCAGCAGGAAUGCCUGCAUAAACUGGAACCAGUAUUACAAUGUAUGCAUGGCAGGGGAUGUAAACCCACACAAUGGAGCUAUCAAUUUUGAUAACAUUGGAUAUGCUUGGAUAGCUAUUUUUCAGGUUAUAACCCUGGAAGGAUGGGUUGACAUCAUGUAUUAUGUGAUGGAUGCACAUUCUUUUUACAAUUUUAUAUAUUUUAUAUUGCUUAUAAUAGUCGGUUCCUUCUUUAUGAUUAACUUGUGCCUGGUUGUGAUAGCAACACAGUUUUCUGAAACAAAGCAGCGGGAGAACCAGCUGAUGCAGGAGCAGCGGGCCCGGUAUCUCUCCAACGACAGCACAAUUGCCAGCUUCUCAGAGCCAGGUAGCUGCUACGAGGAGCUGCUCAAGUACAUCUGCCACAUCUUCAGGAAGGUGAAGCGACGGACGAUACGUCUCUACAAUAACUGGCAGAGUAAGCGCCGGAAAAAAGUGAACCCAAACAGCACCACGAACGGGCAAAGCCACCGAGGCAAAAAGCGCAUCACCUCCAUCCACCACCUCAUCCACCAUCACCAUCACCACCACCACCAUCACUACCACAUCAGCAAUGGGAGCCCUCGGGGGCCACGCUCCAACCCUGAGAUCUGCGACUUGGAGCUCAAGGUCAUGAAACCUGGAGGCCAACUGAUGCUUCCUCCUCCAUCGCCCAACUUGCAGAGCCCUGCUCCUCCUCCAGAUUCGGAGUCCGUGCACAGCAUUUACCAUGCAGACUGUCAUGUUGAAGGACCACAAGUGAACUGUAAGUCUUCCAAUGCCCCUGCGAGCACUAAACUGACUGCUGGACUCUCCAACCAUGGCAACAUGAACUAUCCUACUAUCCUGCCUUCUCCAACUAGCAAAGCCAGUUCUGUUCCAGCCCCCAAGGGAAAGAAGAAUGGCAAUUCACCUGUGGCUGUGGUUAAUAGCCCUGUAAAUUUGGGCACAGAUUCUUAUGGGAAGCUACAGCAACUGGUAGGAGAGCAUGGCCUGCGGCGGACCCCCAGCCGGCUGUCGGGGCUGAGCGCUGCCUGCCCCCUGCCCAGCCCGCCCGGCGGCAGCCUGACCUGCGAGCUGCAGGACUGCCCCUUCUGCGCCAGCCUCCUGGAGGACCCCGAGUUCGCCUUCAGUGAGUCCGACUCCUGCGACUCCGACAGCAAUGGCGUCUACGAGUUCACCCAGGACCUGCGGCACGGCGACCACAGGGACCAGCUCCAGCAGCAGCGGGGCAGGAGGAGGAGGAAGAAGAAGAAGCCCAAGGAGAGGAACAAGGUCACGCGCCUGUGGAAGGCUUUCGGCAGCAAGCUGAAGAGGAUCGUGGAGAGCAAGUACUUCAACCGGGGGAUUAUGAUCGCCAUUCUCAUCAACACGCUGAGCAUGGGCAUUGAGUACCACGAGCAGCCAGAUGAGUUGACCAACGCCUUGGAGAUCAGUAACAUAGUCUUCACAAGCAUGUUUGCCCUGGAGAUGCUCCUGAAACUCCUUGCCUUUGGCCUCUUUGGCUACAUCAAGAACCCAUACAACAUCUUUGAUGGGAUCAUAGUUGUCAUCAGUGUGUGGGAGAUCAUCGGUCAGUCGGAUGGAGGCCUCUCUGUGCUACGAACCUUUCGGCUGCUCCGCGUGCUGAAACUGGUGCGCUUCAUGCCCGCCCUCCGUCGCCAGCUCGUGGUCCUGAUGAAGACAAUGGACAAUGUGGCCACCUUCUGCAUGUUGCUCAUGCUCUUCAUCUUCAUCUUCAGCAUCCUUGGCAUGCAUCUUUUUGGAUGCAAGUUCAGCCUGAAAACUGAUACAGGAGACACAGUUCCAGAUCGAAAGAAUUUUGAUUCCUUACUGUGGGCCAUUGUGACCGUAUUUCAGAUCCUGACUCAAGAGGACUGGAAUGUGGUCCUGUACAAUGGGAUGGCAUCUACAUCCUCAUGGGCAGCCCUCUACUUUGUGGCCCUGAUGACCUUUGGCAAUUAUGUGCUCUUCAACCUUCUUGUUGCCAUCCUGGUAGAAGGCUUCCAGGCAGAGGGUGAUGCCAAUAGGUCAGACACAGAUGAGGACAAGACAUCUGCCAACUUUGAUGACGAUUUUGAGAAGCUAAAAGACCUCCGAGCAACAGAGAUGAAGAUGUACUCGCUUGCUGUCACCCCAAAUGGACACCUGGAGGGCAGGGGAAGCAUGCCCCCUCCUAUCAUCAUGCGCACUGCUGCCACACCAAUGCCCACACCAAAGUGUUCCCCACACAUUGAUUCAGUGCACACUUUUGUGGACUCAAGAAGAGGGAGUAACGCUUCCCUAGAGCCCUUGAGCUACGACCAGAAGUCCUUGUCCAGCCUCCGCAGCUCCCCUUGCGCCAACUGGGGCACCAGCAGCAACUGGGGAAGCCGACGCUCAAGCUGGAAUAGCCUGGGCAGAGCCCCAAGCCUCAAGAAGAAAAGCCAGUCAGGAGAAAGAGAGUCCUUGCUCUCUGGGGAGGGGAAAGGCAGCACAGAUGAUGACUCUGAUGAUGCCAAGUCCAGCACAGUGAGCAGAGCCUCGCUGCACCGCCGGGCAGAGUCCCUGGACUACCGCAGCUCCCUGGACUUGCCGGAGCUGCUCCAGUUGCCCACCAUGCGCCACUCGCUCAGCAUCAGCCCCGUGGCUGUUCUGCCUGCUGAGUACCAAGACUGCAAUGGCAAAAUGGUUCAUGUCCCCAGUGAGUUCUUCCUGCGUGUGGAUGGUCACAAGGAGGAUGCUAUGGACUAUGAGGAUGACAUGGAAGAUAGUUACUGCUACCGGAUUCGUAAAGCCCUGGAGCCCUACAAACCACAGUGGUGCAAGACUCAUGAAGACUGGUCCCUCUAUGUGUUUUCCCCACAGAAUCGGUUCCGAGUGAUGUGCCAGAAGGUCAUUGCCCAUAAAAUGUUUGAUCAUGUGGUGCUGGUCUUCAUAUUUCUCAACUGCAUCACUAUAGCACUGGAGCGACCAGACAUAGACCCACACAGCACAGAGAGGAUGUUCCUAAGUGUUUCUAAUUACAUCUUCACUGCAAUCUUUGUGGCUGAAAUGAUGGUUAAGGUGGUAGCUCUUGGCUUUUUCUCUGGGGAAAACACCUAUCUGCAGAGCAGCUGGAAUGUCCUGGAUGGAGUCCUGGUCUUUGUAUCUAUCAUUGACAUUAUUGUCUCCAUGGCAUCAGCAGGCGGAGCAAAGAUCCUGGGUGUCCUUCGUGUUUUGAGGCUUCUGAGGACCUUGAGACCUCUCAGAGUCAUCAGCAGAGCCCCAGGUCUGAAACUGGUGGUAGAAACCUUGAUCUCGUCCUUGAGGCCUAUUGGGAAUAUUGUCCUCAUCUGCUGUGCUUUCUUCAUUAUCUUUGGGAUUUUAGGGGUCCAGCUUUUUAAAGGCAAGUUCUACUACUGCGAUGGUCCUGAUGUGAAAAACAUCACUACGAAGGCUGACUGCACCAAUGCUCGCUACAGAUGGGUUCGGCGGAAGUACAACUUUGACAAUUUGGGACAGGCCCUUAUGUCCUUGUUUGUCCUCUCCUCCAAAGACGGUUGGGUGAACAUCAUGUAUGAUGGUUUGGAUGCUGUGGGUAUUGACCAACAGCCCAUCCAGAACCAUAACCCUUGGAUGCUUCUCUACUUCAUCUCCUUCCUGCUCAUCGUCAGCUUCUUUGUGCUCAACAUGUUUGUGGGAGUGGUGGUGGAGAACUUCCACAAGUGCCGCCAGCACCAGGAGGCAGAGGAAGCCCGGCGGCGGGAGGAGAAGCGCCUCAGACGCCUGGAGAAAAAGCGCAGGAGUAAGGAGAUGUACCUGUCUGAAGCCCAGCGCAGGCCUUACUAUGCUGACUAUUCCCCAGCGAGGAAGUACAUCCACACCCUCUGCACCAGCCACUAUCUCGACCUCUUCAUCACCUUCAUCAUUGGGGUCAAUGUCAUCACUAUGUCAAUGGAGCACUACAACCAGCCAAAGUCCCUGGAUGAAGCCCUGAAGUACUGCAACUAUGUGUUCACCAUCGUCUUUGUGUUCGAGGCAGUUCUGAAGUUGGUGGCAUUUGGGUUUCGAAGGUUCUUUAAGGACAGGUGGAAUCAGCUGGAUUUGGCCAUAGUUCUGUUAUCAAUCGUAGGAAUCACACUGGAGGAAAUUGAGAUGAAUGCUGCACUGCCCAUCAACCCCACCAUAAUCCGCAUCAUGCGGGUGCUGAGAAUAGCACGAGUGCUGAAAUUGCUCAAAAUGGCCACUGGGAUGCGAGCUCUCCUGGACACAGUGGUACAAGCACUUCCCCAGGUAGGGAACCUUGGCCUACUUUUUAUGCUCCUGUUUUUUAUCUAUGCUGCCCUGGGAGUGGAAUUGUUUGGCAAACUGGACUGCAGUGAAGAAAAUCCCUGCGAAGGUCUGAGCCGGCACGCAACGUUCACCAACUUUGGCAUGGCCUUUCUCACCCUCUUCAGGGUGUCUACAGGGGACAACUGGAAUGGGAUCAUGAAGGAUACUCUUCGGGAAUGCACUCGGGAAGACAAGCACUGCCUCAGUUACCUCCCUGUUAUCUCUCCUGUCUACUUCGUCACCUUCGUCCUCAUUGCACAGUUUGUCCUAGUCAACGUGGUGGUGGCAGUGCUGAUGAAGCACUUGGAGGAGAGCAACAAGGAGGCCAAGGAGGAUGCUGAGAUGGAUGCUGAGAUUGAGUUGGAGAUGUCCAGAGGAGCACCCACCUCAGCCACUGGUGGGAGCAGAGGUGCAGUUGCUCCAGAGAGCAGGGCACCCUACAGAAGUCAGGAGGCCACAAAGUCAGAGUCAGCUCUGCAGGUGAAGCAUCAAGCCCUGGGCAGCGCAGCCUCUCUGAGGCCCCAGGACUCUCAGAACCUGCUGACUGUCCGCAAGAUCUCCGUUUCCCGAAUGCAUUCCUUGCCCAACGACAGCUACAUGUUCCGGCCAGUGAUGCCAGCCAAAGCCCCCUUCCCCCUCCACGAGGUGGAGAUGGAAACGUAUCCCUGCAAAUCCCAAAGAGGGUCCAUCACCUCCAUCCGCUCCCAGCCCGUAGGAACAUGCUCCUCUCUGAGAGUGCCAACGGAGUCCUUGCAGCUGGCAGUCCGUUCCCCCAACCACUGGAAGAUCCUUCCCCCACACAUCACACCUCGAUCUCCUACUCUCAACAAGCUGCUGUGCAGACAGGAGGCCAUUCAAACAGACUCCAUGGAUGGGCAGACCCCAGACCGCAAGGAGAGCCUGCAACCAGAGCCUGGAGAGACGCUCCCAUCAGCAAAGCAGCCUCAGAGCACCUUGACCCCCAGUCCCCUCCAUCCCACAACCGCCUCCCUGCCGGGCACCCCUCCGCGCUCCCCGCCAUGCUCCCCACACCGGCACCCCAGCACCCUCACACGGAAGCACAGCUGUGGCCAGCACGGCAUUCCCAGCCCUGGCAGCAGCAGCCCCCCCAACCCCGAGGGCUGCCUCUUCGAGUCCUCAGACCUGGCUGACGAGGAGGUUCGCCACAUCAACAGCUCAGCCAAGGACUGGGGAGGGGAGCACUCGGAUGCUGGGGGCCGCUCGACUUCACCCUUCAUCUCCCCAGCCCCAUCUCCCGUGCCCCUCAAGAACUGCAGCACAAGCAGCCUCUCCGGGGGCAGCAGCAAGGAGAAGGACUUGAAGAAGUUUUACAGCAUCGACACAAAGGGCUUCCUCAACAAGCCCAGCUGGGCAGACGACCAAAGGCGGCACUCCAUCGAGAUCUGCCCCUCCAUCAGCCAUGGGGACUGCAGCUUCGAGGACCCUGCUGAGGAAAAGCAGCGCUCCCCUGCCCACAUCCAGAUGGAGUCUGAGUACAUCCACGGAGCCCGGAGGAAGAAGAAGAUGAGCCCGCCCUGUAUUUCUAUAGAUCCUCCCAUGGAGGAUGACAGCGGCGCGGCCUCCCGCACCAAACCCUCGGAGAACAGCAUGCUGCGGAGACGGACCCCAUCCUGCGAGUUCCCGGCUUACAGAGAGGCCCUGGAGCUCGCAGAGAGCCAGCCCGGCGAGGCGGCUUCCAAAGCGGAGCGCCGGGGGCAGCCCCAGUGCCGUGGGGAGCAUCUGACCGUUCCCAACUUCUCCUUCGAGCAGUUGGAUGGCGGCUCCUCGAGCAACCUCUCGGAUCCGGACUGCCGGGCGGACGCCGCCGCUUCCGAACUGAAAAAGCCGGAUCACUUAAAAACUCAGUGGAGCAACGCUGAGAAAAGCAAAGAGCUCCUGGGCAUUGCUAAGAGCCCCCUCCGGAAGCAGGACUUGGUCCCUGUGACUGUUGCGACAGGAGAAGACGUAGAUGACCCAGUAUAGCUUUCUGGGAGGGGGGAACAGGGGGGGGAUCGCAAGGGCUUGACACCAACGCGGGGUUCCAAAGCGAAGGGAUGGAGCGGCCACGGUAGGUGGGUGGCUGCUCGCUCGGGUUCUCUCCUUCCUCACGUUCACUG